AUGGAUUCUCGAGGGUCACUACUGUUAGACCCAUCCUCCGCGAUGGCUGCAAUUACCCGGCACAAGGCAGAAGCAAUCAAGCUGGCACGAGAGCAAGGGAUAGCGGUAAAAGAGAUGUGCCGUCGCGCAAAGACAGACGUGCCUCCUUACGAGUUUGAGGAACUGAUUGGCAAAGGUGCUUAUGGACGCGUCUACAAAGGCAGAGAAGCGCCUUCUGGCCGACUGGUUGCCAUCAAAGUACUUGACGUCGAUAAGUUAGAUUAUAACACGCUGCGCGACUUCCGUGAUGAAUCUAUCAAAGACUUCAUCCACGAAACCAAGGUCAUGAAACAAGUGAAGGACUCGGGAGCGAAGAACAUCAACGAAAUUAUCGAAGCCAUUUCCAUUCAUUCCCAGCUAUGGCUGGUUUGCGAAUAUUGCCCAGGAGGUAGUGUGCGGACUUUGAUGCGCGCGACAAAUGACAGACUUGAAGAGAAAUACAUCAUUCCAAUUGCGCGGGAACUUGCAGUCGGCUUGCAUGCAAUUCACGAAGCUGGCAUCAUCCAUCGAGAUGUGAAAGCUGCAAACAUUCUCAUUCACGAAGAAGGCCGUCUGGAAAUUUGCGACUUUGGAGUCGCAGGUGUUCUACAGUCACAGCGCGACAAGCGAUCGACUUGGAUUGGAACACCUCACUGGAUGCCACCUGAGAUGUUUGCAACUCGCGGAGAAGCCCAUAAGUAUGGUAGCGAGAUUGACGUCUGGGCAUAUGGGUGCACUUUGUUUGAAUUUGCCACGGGAAACCCACCAAACUCUGGCCUUCGUGAACGCAUGCAAAUUGGACGACAGCUCCAUCGAAACACACCUAAGCUUGAUAGUGCUGGCUAUAGUGAUGGACUGAAAGACCUCAUUGCAUUCGCACUAGAUUCAAAUCCCGCGACUCGUCCAACAAUGGCAGACAUUCUUGCCCAUCCAUACAUUGCCAAUACGGAAGAAGAGUACCCCACAUCAUCAGUGAGCGAACUCGUGCGAAAUUACUAUCAGUGGUCACAAAGAGGUGGCCAGCGAGUUUCGCUUUUUCAUCCAGGAGGUGCUGCAGCAGCUGAACUUCCAGGCACUGAAGAAGCCGAGGAUGAUUGGAACUUUAGCACUACUGAUGGGUUUGAACGCCGCUUUUCGGUCAUUGACCUGGAUCAAAUUGCCGCUUCACUUGCAGCAUUGGAAGAAGAUAUUAGUCCUACUACCCCGCUCUCCGAGAGUGAACUUACCGAAGACAUGCCUGACAUUGAUAUGGACCCUGAGCAGAAGGCCAAUUUUGAUGAACGAGUGAGACGAGGCGCUGCGGCAAUGGAAGGCCUCUUUGAUGAGGAAAAGCCAAGCUACAAGUACGAAACAAAGAAUGACUUCGUGCCAAUACAACCUCUCCAACCGGUAUCAGAUUUGCCUCUGCGCACUGAGACUGAUCGUUCGUCCGUGACAUCCACAUUCAUUGACAUUGAUAUUGGGUCCUUUGAUUCAUCACACUACGCAGCAGGCACACCAUCGGCGCAGCCUUUUCAGCUCGCCAACGCGGACACUAUCCGAGCCAACCGGUCGAGUCUUCGAGGUCACCGCAACUCGAAUGAGAACAGUUCUCAGUCGUCCAACAGCGACGCGGAAGGGAGUGACUCUCAUGAAGAGACCUUCAAGCCCUCUGGACCGCGGCCUCCGACAAUGGACUGGAAGUUCCCUGGAUUCAUGCUACCAGAAGAGGAAGUGGCGAAAGAAUCUCUCAAAGAAAUACCUGAACCAGAACCAGAACCAGAACCAACACCAGCACCAGCAACGGCACCAGAGCCUGCCCAGGAUCGUUCGUUCCAGGCCGAAAAGCGAGCUACCAUGGAGUGGACCUUCCCAGUCAUGUCAAGUCAAGCGGACGAGGCUAUCUCUGGUCACAAUGAGGUUGGACACCUCGAAACUCUGCGAGCGCCACAUGUUUCCCAGCCCCCGCCUAUUGAAGAGCUUAGCAUUUCUCGCCCAUCUACCUCCGCAUCACAUACUUCUACCAUGUCCGAUUCUGACUACGAUCCCUUCCGAUUUGACCGUCCCACGACCCCUCAGGCAUAUCUGCCGCAACGUGGAAGCUCAUUUGACUCGGCUUUCCCGGUUAUGACCGAAUCAACCGAUGAUGAGGGCUCGGACUCAGCAGGUUUGCUUGAUGGACCAGGGCCGGACGAGGAAGAUGAACAUCCUCUCUGGUCUGAAAACACUGAGAUUUUCUCUGAGAACAAUAUUCCUCCGUUGCCGACUGCUAUUCCAUUUCACGGAGGUCACAGAGGUCCUCAACCGUCAGCAUCAGAGCCAGGAUCUCCAAUCUACGAUGAGCCCUUGCAGACUGCUCGUCGAGAUUUCAAUCUAAUCCGGAAUCCAGAGCCUCCAUUCAUCUCCUUUCCGCCUGUGUAUCCUCCGAGCAUGGAAAGCCUGAUGGAGGGAGCCGACGAUGCUACUAUUACAGCGGAGCUAGACAGGCUAUUGGGCGACUUCCUCGGCGCACUCUCCGCCACUGGAAUGGCAUUAUCGACGACUACUACUGAAAGACAACGGAAGCCUGGUUCUUUUGCCGAGACAAUUUGA